CCUGAGUCUUGUUGGGGGGGAAUACAGCGCAACUGAGUAUCUUCGGCAUCGGAGUGGGAAAACCGAGAAGCACUGGCCUCACUGAGAGGAGGGUGGGGGGGCGAGGGACGGCUACGAUUAACACCCAUUAGCGAUUUGACAGGUCCUGUGAAACGAUGAAUGUCGUCAAAGACAACAAAGACCUGGCCUGUUUCUACACCACCAAACACUCCUGGAGGGGAAAAUACAAGCGAGUCUUCUCAGUGGGGACACAUGGCAUAACCACUUACAACCCUACCACAUUAGAAGUAACAAACCAGUGGCCUUAUGGAGACAUUUGCGGUAUUGGUCCCGUAGGAAAAGGUCAGGGUACAGAAUUCAGCCUCACAUUCCGCAAAGGCAGCGGCAAGAAGUCUGAAACGCUCAAGUUUUCAACAGAGCACCGAACAGAGCUGCUCACAGAGGCUCUGAGAUUCAGAACAGAGUUUUCAGAGGGGAAAAUAACUGGCAGGCGUUACAAUUGCUACAAGCAUCACUGGAGUGACACACGAAAGUCUGUGAGUUUAGAGGUGACACCCGGAGGCAUCGACCAAAUCGACCCCCUCACUAACCGAGUGGUGUGUUCCUAUGACUACCGAAAUGUAGAGGGCUUUGUCGAGGUUUCUGACUACCAGGGAGGAUUUUGCAUCCUUUACGGUGGCUUCAGCAGGCUGCAUCUGUUUGCCUCAGAGCAUCGAGAUGAGAUCAUCCGCAGCGCCAUAGAGCAUGCAGGAAACUUUAUCGGCAUCAUGCUACGUCUGAGGAAGGAAGCUCUGACCUUUGAGGGUUUUAUAACGGACAGGUUGGGGAAAUACAGUUCAGACGAGAGCAUCACUUCCCUGGCCGAGUUUGUGGUGCAGAAGAUCACCCCUCGACACCCGGAGCCUGUUAAGCGUAUCCUGGCCCUGACAGAAACAUGUCUGGUAGAGAGAGACCCAGCUUCAUACAAUAUAGUCACCAUUAAACCCUUUGGAGAGGUAUUUGCUCUCAUCUGUGAUGUAGACAACCCUCAGGUGUUUACAGUUGAAUUCAUCAGGGGUCAGAUCAGGAAGUACUCCUCUACUGAAAGGGACUCCCUGUUAGCCAGCCUACUUGAUGGAGUUCGAGCAUCAGGAAACAGGGAUGUGUGUGUUAAGAUGGCUCCCACGCAGAGAGGGCAAAGAUGGGGUUUAUUGAGCAUGCCAGUAGAUGAAGAGGUGGAGAGUUUGCAUCUGAGAUUCCUGGCAGCACCUCCUAAUGGCAACUUUGCAGAUGCAGUGUUCAGGUUUAAUGCCAACAUAUCCUACAGCGGAGUGCUACAUGCAGUAACCCAAGAUGGCCUUUUCUCUGAGAACAAAGAGAAGCUCAUCAACAAUGCCAUCCUGGCUCUUCUAUCCCAGGAGGCCGAGCUCCCAGCUCAUAACGCUGAGCUGGAAAGCCAUUUUCAGGCCAUACGGCGCUUGGUGGCCUCCAAGGCUGGCUUCCAGGCUUUCACCCAGCUGCCUAAGUUCAGGGAAAAGUUGGGAGUAAAGACGGUAAAAGCUUUAAAAAGGAACAACAAUAGUGUGACUCAUGCUGCUAUAGACAUGCUCUGUGCCCUUAUGUGUCCAAUGCACGAUGACUAUGACCUGAGGCAAGAACAGUUAAACAAGGCCUCUCUUCUUUCCUCUAAGAAGUUUCUGGAAAACCUUCUUGAAAAAUUCAUCACUAACGUGGACCAUGGAACUGGAGCUUUAGUUAUCAGCUCCUUGUUGGACUUCUUAACGUUUGCUCUCUGCGCCCCCUACAGUGAAACCACUGAAGGGCAGCAGUUUGACAUGCUGCUUGAGAUGGUCGCCUCCAAUGGUCGUACAUUAUUCAAGCUAUUCCAGCAUCCCUCCAUGGCAAUAGUGAAGGGAGCAGGCCUGGUGAUGAAAGCCAUUAUUGAGGAGGGAGACAAAGAAAUAGCUACUAAGAUGCAAGAGCUGGCUUUAAGUGAAGGAGCUCUGCCAAGGCAUCUGAACACAUCUUUGUUCACCAUCAGCACAGACCAGCGGAUGCUUACCAACAGGCAACUGAGUCGUCACCUGGUGGGACUAUGGACAGCAGAGAACCCUGUAGCCAUGAACCUCCUUAAAAGGAUCCUGCCAACAGGUUUGUUGGCUUACUUGGACAACCCUGACCCUGUCCCAGAGAAGGAUGUAGACAGAAUGCACAUUCGUGACAACUUGAAAAUCGCCACGGACCAACUAAAUCGCAACAAGGUGCCUGAGUGGCAACGGAUUGCAGGCAAAGCAGCCAAAGAGGUGGAGAAGUUUGCAAAGGAGAAAGCUGAUCUAGUGCUAAUGCAUUGGAGAGAUAAGAUGGGCAUUGCCCAGAAGGAGCAAGACAGAAAUAACCUGAAUCCAAACCAAAAGCCUGUCAUCUUGAGAAAGAGAAGGCAGAGGAUAAAGAUUGAAGCAAACUGGGAGCUUUUCUAUUACAGUUUCCAGCUUGACCAUGCACGCUCCAACCUCAUCUGGAACCUUAAAACAAGAGAGGAGCUGCGGGAUGCUUUGGAGGGGGAGAUGCGUGCUUUUAGUGUUGACCGAGAGCUGGGCAAUGCCACCGUCAUCUCCUGGAACCACCAGGAGUUUGAGGUGAGAUAUGAGUGCCUUUCAGAUGAGAUAAAGAUUGGCGAUUAUUACCUGCGUUUGCUGCUGGAGGAAGAUGAAAAUGAAGAAUCAAGUGCCAUCAAGAGAUCAUACGAGUUCUUCAAUGAACUCUACCACCGCUUUUUGCUUACACCAAAAGUUAUGAUGAAGUGCCUGUGCUUGCAGGCACUUGCAAUAGUCUACGGCAAGUGCUAUGAGGAGAUUGGCCCCUUUACAGACACAAAAUACAUUGUGGGCAUGUUGGACCGGUGUACAGACAGGCUGGAAAGAGACAGGCUCAUCCUCUUUCUCAACAAGCUCAUUCUUAACAGGAAAAAUGUGAAGGAGGUGAUGGAUUCAAAUGGAGUACGCAUCUUGGUGGACCUGCUUACCUUGGCUCAUCUGCAUACCAGCAGAGCUACUGUGCCACUGCAGAGCAACGUGCUGGAGGCAGCACCUGACAUGAAGAGAGAGAGUGAGAAGGAGUGGUACUUUGGUAACGCAGACAAAGAAAGAAGAGGACCAUUUAGUUAUGAGGAGAUGCAAGAGUUUUGGAAUACAGGUGUCCUGACAGCUAAGACACGCUGCUGGGCUCAAGGGAUGGACGGUUGGCGCCCCCUACAGGCCAUUCCUCAGCUGAAGUGGUGCCUUCUGGCAACAGGACAGGCAGUGAUGAAUGAGUCCGACCUGGCUACAUUGAUCCUCAACAUGCUCAUCACCAUGUGCUCCUACUAUCCCAGCAGGGACCAAGACAAUGCCAUUAUCCGUCCUUUACCUAAGAUCAAGAGGAUGAUCAGCGACAAUGCCUGUCUCCCACACAUUGUUCAGCUGCUGUUGACAUUUGACCCCAUUCUUGUGGAGAAAGUUGCAAAUCUUAUGUAUCUGGUGAUGACGGACAAUCCCAAUCUACAGCGUCUCUAUUUAACGGGAGUCUUCUUCUUCAUCAUGAUGUACACAGGCUCCAAUGUGCUUCCUGUAGCAAGGUUCCUGAAGUACACUCAUUUAAAACAAGCUUUCAAAUCAGAGGAGUCUAAGGGUCAGGACAUUGUGCAGCGCAGCAUUCUGGGACCAGUGUUGCCCGAAGCCAUGGUAUGUUAUCUGGAGAACUAUGAGGCCGAGCGCUUCUCUGAGAUAUUCCUUGGAGAAUUUGACACACCAGAAGCCAUUUGGAGCAGUGAGAUGAGGCGGAUGAUGAUAGAGAAGAUUGCAGCCCAUGUAGCUGACUUCAGCCCCAGGCUGCAGAGCAACACACGAGCCCUUUACCAAUACUGCCCCAUUCCUGUGAUCAGCUUCCCUCAGCUGGAUAACGAGCUCUUCUGCAACAUCUACUACCUCAGACAUCUGUGUGACACCACCCACUUCCCCAACUGGCCUAUUCGAGAUGCUGUGAAGCUGCUUAAAGACACUCUUGAAGCCUGGAAAAGGGAGGUGGAGAAGAAGCCUCCCUCGAUGUCUGUGGAUGAAGCCUAUGAAGUUCUCAACCUCCCCAAAGGACAGGGCCAGCAUGAGGAGAGUAAAAUUAGAAAAGCUUACUUCAGACUGGCACAGAAGUACCAUCCUGACAAAAACCCAGAAGGAAGGGACAUGUUUGAAAAAGUUAACAAAGCCUACGAGUUUCUCUGCACAAAGUCAGCUCGAAUCCUGGAUGGUCCGGAUCCAGAAAACAUCAUUCUCAUCCUCAAAACACAGAGCAUCCUGUUCAACCGGCAUAAACAAGAGCUGGAGCCCUACAAAUAUGCCGGAUACCCCAUGCUCAUCAAAACAAUCACCAUGGAAACCGAGGAUGAGCAGCUCUUCUCUAAAACAUCGCCCCUCCUUCCGGCUGCUACUGAGCUGGCCUUCCACACGGUGAACUGCUCGGCUCUUAAUGCAGAGGAGCUGCGCCGUGAGAGCGGCAUUGAGAUAUUACUAGAGGCGCUUUCUCGCUGUGUUGCCGUGUUAACUGCAUCCAGCAAACCCGAUGACAUGGCUGUACAGGUGUGCGGGCACAUCUGUAGAUGCUACAGUGUUGCAGCCCAGUUUGAAGAAUGCAGGGAGAAGAUCAUUGAGUUGCCCAACAUCAUCCGGGACCUGUGUCACAUUUUGUUUUAUGGAAAGGGUCUCCCCAAGACUGCUGCCCUUGCAGUUCAGUGCGUCAGCUCCUUUGCCGUGGAUUUCUUCCUACAGACCCAUCUAUACCAUGCUGGUGUGCUUUGGCACCUCCUGGUCCACCUCUUCAACUAUGACUACACCCUGGAGGAAAGUGGCGUGCAGGCUAGCCAGGACACAAACCAACAGGAAGUUGCUAACAGCUUGGCUAAGCUCAGCCUGGUGGCACUUAGUCGUCUGGGAGGCUAUGCACAAACACCACACACCCCGGAUGGCAACAACCCUGUUUCAGAGACCAAUGGCAUAGAGGGCAUGCCUCCAGAGAACCCCACCAUCCGCAAGAGCUUAGCAGCCAUGCUCACACCAUACAUCUCAAGGAAGCUUGGAACGGGAACUCCUGCUGAGGUCUUAAAGCUGCUGAAUAGUAACUCUGAGAAUCCUUACCUAAUUUGGAACAAUGGAACACGAGCUGAGCUAAUAGAGUUCCUGGAAAGCCAACAAGAGGGAAACAUCAAGAGAGGAGAAAAUGAUAAAAGCUUUGGUGCAGAGUUUAUGUUCAGUGAUCACAGCAAAGAGCUCAUAGUGGGGGAGAUUUUUGUCCGAGUGUACAAUGAGCAACCUUCUUUCCCACUGGAGUUCCCCAAAGCAUUUGCUGCCAGUCUUCUGGAUUAUGUUGGCUCCCAGGCUCAGUAUCUCCACACUCUGCUGGCUAUGAGUCAGAGUAACAAGGUGGAGUCCCAGCAGCAUGUGGAAAGGCUACGGUUUGCUGAGAUGGCUUUGGAGGCUCUCCGCAAUGUUAUCAAGAACAACCCUGGCUCAGAAUCCGAGUGCAUCGGCCAUUUCAAGCUGCUUUUCUCUUUGUUGCGGGUUCAUGGAGCUGGCAGAGUGCAGCAGCUGGUUUUGGAGGUUGUGAAUACAGUGACAUCAAACCAAGAAUGUGUGAGCAACAUUGCUGAAUCUCUGGUGUUGUCCAACCUUCUGUUACUGCUGCACUCACUUCCUUCUAGCAGGCAGUUGGUGCUAGAAACGCUCUAUGCACUGACUUCAAAUACAAAGAUCAUCAAAGAGGCUAUGGCCAAAGGUGCUCUCAUCUAUUUGUUGGACCUCUUUUGUAAUUGCACACACCCCCAGGUUCGCACUCAGACGGCAGAGCUCUUCUCCAAAAUGACCUCAGACAAGCUGGUUGGGCCAAAGGUGCGUCUCACCCUGAUGCGUUUCCUUCCGGGUGUAUUUAUGGAUGCCAUGAGAGACAACGCUGAAGCAGCCGUUCACAUAUUUGAGGGAACGCACGAAAACCCUGAGCUCAUCUGGAAUGACGGCUCAAGGGAGAAAGUGUCCACCACUGUCCGGGAGAUGAUGCUAGAGCACUUUAAACAGCAGAAAGAUAAUCCUGAAGUAAACUGGAAACUACCAGAGGACUUCACAGUUGCUUACGGAGCCGGACAGGGCGAGCUUGAAGUUGGUGGAGUCUUCUUGCGUAUCUUUAUCGCUCAGCCUAGCUGGGUGCUACGCAAGCCGCGAGAGUUCCUGGUGUCUCUCCUUGAAACACUGACUGAGCUCCUGGAGAAAAACAACCCCAAUGGUGAGGCCCUGGAGACAGUUACCACGGCGGCAGUUUGUCUGUUCAGCACACAGACCCAGCUGGCUGAUCAGGUUCCUCCUCUGGGUCAUCUGCCUCGCAUCCUGUCAGCACUCAACCACAAGAACAAUGCUGUCCCCAAGAGCUCCAUCCGUCUCAUCCAUGUCCUAUCAGACAAUGAGCUGUGUGUACGUUCUAUGGCUGCCCUGGAGACGAUCGGCCCCCUGAUGGCUGGGAUGAAAGUACGGGCAGACAUGGCCGGGCUGGCUUGUGAAGCUCUCAAUCGCAUGUUCCAGAGGGAGCAGACAGAACUAGUAGCUCAGGCUCUGAGAGUGGAGCUAGUUCCAUACCUCCUGAAAUUACUGGAAGGAAUUGGCUUGGAGACAUUAGAAAACCCUUCAGCUACAAAGGCCCAGAUAGUAAAAGCUCUCAAGUCCAUGACUCGCAGUCUACAGUAUGGAGAGCAGGUGAAUGAAAUUCUUGCAAGGUCUUCGGUAUGGAGUGCCUUCAAAGACCAGAAACAUGAUCUUUUCAUCUCAGAGUCUCAGACUGCAGGCUAUCUGACAGGUCCAGGAGUUGCAGGUUACCUUACAGCGGGAACUGGUACCACAGUAAUGCCCAACGUCCCACCCCCUGUGGACAACGACACUGGAGACCAAGGCUGAAGGAACCCCCCCCACACACACAUGGUCUCGCCCAGGCACCGGACUGUUCUGCAGCUUCACGGCCGCAACUCAGAAAGGGACUGUUCUGCUCCCACAAAGAGGGGGUGGGGAAAGAAGAAGACAGGGGAGAGCAGAGCCAUCACCAAAAUCUCUCCAACACCUCCUGCAGCACCCCCUCCCCUUACAAAUGACACUCAAGUCUUCGGAAAUGCUUCGUUUUAAAGUAUGACCACAUUUGUUUUGUUUCAGUGCUACUUUUCUGAUUUCUUCCAAUGACAAAAAUGUUUACUUUUUGUAUGAAUAUAUUUUUUACUCUAGAUUUGUUUUUUGUUUUUUUUUUUUUUCAUGAGAAAAUUUUGGAAAGACCAAGGCUUGUUGGGAAUUGUCACCUCAUCGUAUUCCUCUAUUCUCUCUGAUUAUACUGAAACCCACCAAUCAUCUGAGGGUAUUUGGCCUCAUUUGUGCCCUGGACCUGUCCACCCCUUUCAUAAAUGUGUCUUUAACAAAUUUGUAUAUGGAUUACAAAAUUAAAAAAAUAAUAACAAUGAUAACAUAGGAAAUGAGAAAAUGUCAUGCAUCAUUUCACUGUCCAGUUUCCCCACAUAAAAAAUGUUGCUUUAACCCUCAGAUUGAUGCUGACAUGUCCGGUUGUGUCCAUUCAUAACACAAUUAUGCUCUCCUAAUGUCUAGCUCAUUCUGCUCUCUGAAAGCUAUUUUUUCCCUGCCUCAUACCUUUUAAAGUAGUUUUUCCCCCCCGAAUGCAAAAAGCACUAGAAUAUUUAUGAGUGAAAAUUAGCCACAGGAAUUGAGCUUCUGCUGACAUGAAGAAUGACCUUGACUCUGAUUAUAAAUCUAUGUGAAAGACUAGUGCAAUUUGUGAAAUGUUCAAUGUAAUAUUACGUAUAUAAACUUUCUAUACUGAAUGUACAUUUGAAAAAAAAAAAUAAAAAUCAGUCACACUUGUACAUAAAAUUUUAAGAAUAAAA